AAGAUUGAAACUUACCUCAAUAGAAACUACACAUGACCUCAUCAACAAACAGAGAACUCAAAGACCUCAACUCUUCUUAAGAGUUAUGAGAAACUAAAAGGUGAAUACACUUAACAUGGAUGGGAAGAAGAAGAAGAGUAAAGUGAAAAGAGUUAGCUUUGUUGAGGAAGAAGAUGAUAAGAAGUAUCAUCAUUGGCUUGAUCGCAAGGAGAAGUGGGAAAUCGCGGUUAUUGUAAAGUCAGCUUCAGGGUCAGGUUCAGGUUCUUUCUCGAAUUUGAGUUGCUUGCUGGAAUCGGAGAGGGUCAUCGUCGAGGAGGGUUAUGGAGUUGUUCUUAUUAACACCGACGAAGCAGGAACUCUAUUGGUGACAAAUUUCCGUAUUCUUUUUCUGAGUGAAGGAACCAGAAAAGUCAUUCCACUUGGAACCAUUCCAUUGGCAACCAUUGAGAAGUUUAACAAAAUGGUGCUGAAAGUUCAGUCAAGCCCCCGUCAGUCUGACAAGAAUCCACCAAGACGUCUUUUACAGGUCACUGGCAAAGACAUGAGGAUAAUUGUUUAUGGCUUUCGUCCUCGCACCAAGCAGAGACGUAUUGUGUUUGAUGCAUUACUGAAGUGUAGCAAGCCAGAGAGAGUAUGGGAUCUAUAUACUUUUGCAUGCGGUCCUUCCAAAUUUGGUAACGCAAACCCAAAGGAAAGAUUGCUUAAUGAAUAUUUCCGUCUUCUCGGAAGAAGUUCAAUACGAGCAUCAAUGGAUAUGAUUGAAGAUGGUUCGUUCACAUUGUCCAACGAGCUGUGGCGGAUAAGCGACUUGAACUCCAAUUACAACUUGUGUCAGACUUAUCCAUUUGCUUUUAUGGUUCCAAAAUCCAUAAGAAAAAUCCUCUUCACUGAUUUGCCAUGUCUUGUUUUGCGCGCGUGUUCUUUCCGGGCAAGAUGUCGCUUACCUGUGAUCACGUGGUGUCAGCCAGGAAGUGGAGCUGUGAUUGCACGCUCAUCACAACCUUUAGUGGGUCUUAUGAUGAAUAUGAGGAGUAGUCUUGAUGAAAAACUUGUUGCUGCAUUCUGCUCUCAAUUACCUGGUGCUAAGGGAGAACGAAGGAAGCUUUAUAUUGCCGAUGCAAGACCUAGGAAGAAUGCAUUAGCCAAUGGAGCAAUGGGAGGUGGCUCAGAAUCAUCUUCCAAUUAUUUUCAAUCUGAAAUUGUUUUCUUUGGCAUAGACAACAUACAUGCAAUGAGGGAGAGCUUUUCCGCAGACACGGUGGUUGGACCUGGGGAGGAGAGCGUCUUAGCUGGUGCAGCAUGGAUAGCUGCACGUGUUGCUAUGGAGUCGGCAUCAGUUCUUGUGCACUGCAGAACUUUUGCUGGGUUUCAGGCUCUUGUCGAAAAGGAUUGGCUUGCUUUUGGGCACCCAUUUUCGGAUCGUGUAGGAAUGCCUAACAUAUCAGGAUCUGGUAAUUUUGACUUACCAAGGCAGUCUUCUUCUGCUGGAAGUUUCCCUUCAUCUCCUGUGCGUCAGUCUUCAGGAUCAGCAGCCUCACAAUCUUCAAGCUCUUCCCAUGGGCGUAACAAUUAUUCACCUAUAUUUAUGCAGUGGAUUGAUAGCGUUUCACAGCUAAUGCGGAUGUAUCCUUGUGCUUUUGAGUUCUCUCCGACUUUCCUGGUAGAUUUUAUGGAUUGCUUGCUUUCAUGUCGUUUUGGGAACUUCUUAUGCAACAGUGAAAAAGAGAGGGAACAAUGUGGGAUUGCUGAUGCCUGUGGAUGCCUAUGGGCGUACUUGACUGAUCUGCGUUCAUUUAGUGCAACUUCUCAUGUCCAUUGUAACCCAUUCUAUGAUCCUUUGAAAUAUGACGGCCCAUUACUACCACCAGCAGCAUCUCUAGCUCCUGCCCUUUGGCCCCAGUUCCAUCUGCGGUGGGCUUGUCCCGAGGAACUAAAGCUGCAGAUAUCGGGGUCCAAUGUAGAGCCAUGACAGUGAAAUAUUCUGAAAUGCAAAAGGAGAAAGAAGCAGCAGAAAGAAGAGUGGACGAGAUAUCUUUCGCA